ACAAAGAACUACGUUUCGGAUGAUUAUUAUUCAAAAACAUUUUAUAAAAAAACUAUAACUACUCAGGAGACUGGGCAUAAAAAAGUCCUUGCUUAGAAAAACUAAUUAAGUUUCCCCAGUGAAAAUUGUAUCUUUUGUGGAUCCUUUUCGACUAAUAAAGAAAUUACCAAAAAAUUGUAUAUGUCGAUUUACACGUUGCUGAAAAGCUACAACAAUGUUUUUAUUAAAUUGUCAGUGAAACCCAAAAAACACAUGAGCCUUCCCCUCCCCAUCAAAAACCUUGCUCGUAAAAGGUAGGCAAAUCAAAACCAACAGAAUCCGAAUGCACGGCGCAAGGAGUCUCGGCGGUCGCCUGGAGGAAUGUCGGACUUGGACGACGACAUCCUUGAUUGCAAUGAUGUGCCAGAAGGACGGCUGCCGCGUUGGUGGUUCGGUGGCUUCUCAUCGGUCUGCGUCGCCUUCGCGGUAGCCCCGAUUGACAUCGUGAAGACGCACAUGCAGAUCCAGCGGUCUAAGCGCUCCAUUUUGGACACGUCCCUUAAUAUUUACAGACUGAGGGGACUUAGAGGCUUCUACGAUGGCUUCUCGGCAGCCAUCCUGAGGCAGAUGACGUGCACCAAUAUUCGGUUCAUCGUGUAUGAAUCUGGCAAAAGGGUGCACCUUGUCGAGGACAACUCAUAUCUCGGCAAGAUAAUCCUCGGCUGCGUGGCUGGCAUUUGUGGUGCCGUAUGUGGAAUACCUACCGACCUAAUUAACGUGCGGAUGCAGACCGAUAUGAAGGUGCCUCCGGACAAGCGACGCAACUAUAAGAGCGUCUUGGAUGGCCUCAUUCGAAUACCAAAGGAAGAAGGCUGGACGGCCUAUUAUACGGGUGGAUCGGUGGCCGCGUUGAAGGCAUCUCUGGGAACCUGCAGUCAGAUUGCAUUAUACGACAUUAUUAAAACGGAAGUGCGACAAAAUACAUCCGUGAAUGAUGGCGUUCCCCUGCACUUUCUCUCCUCAUUGGUGACGUCGGUUAUUUCAUCUACGAUCACACAUCCGCUGGACGUCGUGAAGACCCUGAUGAUGAACGCCAGACCCGGCGAAUUCCGGAAUCUUUUCCACGCGAGCGUUUACAUGAUGCGAUUUGGCUUCAUCGGACCCUUCCGUGGAUUGGUUCCCACGAUAGUAAGGAAAGCUCCAGCGACCACAUUGCUAUUUGUUUUGUACGAGCAGUUAAGGCUUCGCUUCGGAAUAUGCAAAGUUACGGAAAGAAUGGAUCCCUGAUUAGGUUUUAAAAACUAAGCCUGGGUCUAACAUCAUGUGUGAUUUUACACUAGUUUUAUAAAGUUUUAAGACAAUAAAAUAUGAAAUGAUUUUAUAAAAAAAAAAA